GCCGGGUUUCCGCCAGCCGCCAAUUCGCUGCCUUAUGUCGGGGCGGCCGCCGCGGAUCGUCGGCCCGUGAGGGGAGAAGGAAAGCGGGGAGAAGAGGAGGCGCGGCCCACCAUGUCGAGUCUCCACAAGAGCAGAAUUGCAGAAUUUCAAGACAUCCUUAGUGAACCCAAGAUUACGCCGCAGAAGCUCCGUGAACUUUGCUUUAGCGGGAUUCCUUUUGAAGGUGGAUUGCGCUGUCUGUGCUGGAAGAUCCUCUUGAACUACCUCCCUGUGGAGAGGGCCUUAUGGAGUUCUCUGUUGAAGAAACAGAGAGAGCUGUACGCCCAGUUCUUGAAGGAAAUGAUUAUACAGCCUGGGAUAGCCAAAGCCAACCUUGGGGUCUCCAGGGAAGAUGUAACCUUAGAAGAUCACCCACUGAACCCGAAUCCAGAUAGUCGGUGGAACACUUACUUCAAGGACAACGAGGUGCUGCUGCAGAUAGACAAAGAUGUCAGGAGACUAUAUCCCGAUAUGGCAUUCUUCCAGCGUCCAACCGAAUACCCCUGCCUGUUGAUCCUGGACCCCCAGAAUGAGUUUGAGACCCUUCGCAAGCGAGUGGAGCAGACAACACUCAAGUCACAGACAGUGGCACGAAACCGGAGUGGUGUGACCAAUGUGAGCUCCCCUCUUAAAACAUCGGCACCUCAUUCGCUGAGUGAGUAUGAGGUUUUGCCCAAUGGCUGUGAGGCUCACUGGGAAGUAGUGGAGCGAAUCUUGUUCAUCUACGCUAAGCUGAACCCAGGAAUAGCCUAUGUCCAAGGAAUGAAUGAAAUAGUAGGGCCUCUUUAUUAUACCUUUGCUACAGACACCAACAGCGAUUGGAAAGAGCAUGCAGAGGCAGAUACUUUCUUCUGUUUCACCAACCUCAUGUCUGAGAUCAGGGAUAACUUCAUCAAAAGUCUGGAUGACUCCCAGUGUGGCAUCACCUACAAAAUGGAGAAGGUCUACUCCACUUUGAAAGAGAAAGAUAUGGAGCUUUAUAUGAAAUUGCAAGAGCAGAACAUCAAGCCCCAGUUCUUUGCCUUCCGCUGGUUGACGCUGCUGCUGUCCCAAGAGUUCUUGUUGCCGGACGUCAUCCGCAUCUGGGACUCCCUCUUUGCCGAUGACAGCCGGUUUGACUUCCUGCUGCUUGUCUGCUGCGCCAUGUUGACGCUCAUCCGGGACCAAUUACUGGAAGGAGAUUUUACUCUGAACAUGCGGCUUUUACAGGAUUACCCCAUCUCAGAUGUUCAUCUGAUUUUGAAGAAGGCAAAAGACCUUCAGGAUUCCAAGUAGCCCCCAGUUCCUCAGGAUUCAUGGUAUGUUGGAGAGAAGUGUUUGACAGUUGAUUGUGUAGGUGGAAGCUGCUGUUGCAUCCAUGGAAUGCCUGGCGUUGUAUUUCAACUGUCUGCCUCCGGAGGAAGACUCCUUCCACUCUUAUUUAUUAAUUACUGAAAGAGUGAUCUUCAGUUUAGUCAAACUCUGCACUCUGGGUCUCUCAGAUCUUAUCUGCUGAAAUGACUCCAUGUUGAGCAAAAGAUUUUUUUCUGUAAUUUUUAAAAAAUGUCUCCAGGUGUGGAGACGACAGAAAACAAGCUACUUGUUUUUCAAUCUUUUAUGGAAUCUACAGCAGCUAAUGGUGAUACGGAAGCAAGUCCUUAGGCACAACACAUUCUGGAGUUUGCGUGGGAUAGGCUGGGAACCAGCGGAAGUUGACUGGAUGAGGAAAGAGCGAGCAUCGUCUGUCUGAGGACCUGCAGGAAUCCUCUUCUGUGUGAAAAAGAAUCUGGUUCCCCUCCCAAACUUUGAAAAGGGGUGGCAUGACUGCAUUUCCCCAAGGAAAGCUGAUUGCCUCCGAUGUAUCUUUUCCUCUCCUCUCCUCUCCUCUCCUUUUUUUUUUUUGACAACAGUGCCAGUGCAGAAGUGAUGCUUUAUUUGUUGGCUUCCCUGAAUCAUUUAAACAUGGGCCAAAAUGUCAGUCUUGACAAAAGAAGCCCUUAACAACUGAGUGAGGAACAGCAGUUUUAAAAAAAGGUAUAUGGACAGCUUAUUAAUCAGCAGCAACAAGUAGAAAGUCCCAGUCCAGCCACAGAAAAGAAACCACCACCACUACAUUUCAGAGAGAGUCCCUGUUCUCUGAGUCACUAUAGGUGACGAAAGAGAAAGCCCUAGGUUGACUGCUGAGGAGAAUAAGAAGAAAAGAUAAAUAGGAAACACAUGGGUCUCUCUCUCCCUCUCAGAUGCCCUUAGAAAAUACUGGGAUUCCAACUAGCAUUAAACAUCUGGAAGGCCAUUUUGUUUGUCUUAAUAAGUUUUGGUCAUGUUUCACAAACACUUGGAGUUCCUUGAUUUACAGAAGGAGUCCUUAGUCCCCAGCUAUCAUAGGACCAUCUGGACCUCAGAAGAACCCCCCACCCCUUUCUUUCCUCUUUUGAUGCUGGCUAUUCUUAGAAGGCAGAUGUGGGUAGAAUGAAGCUGGAUCAGCUUUAUCACCCCCUGCCUUAGAACAACCAUCAGACCGUUGCUGUUGAAAAAUUUUGAGCUAGCUGUUGCCUGUAGUGUCUGUGUGGUGGAUCACUCACCGGACUGGCAACGUUAAAGGGAAGGUUGCUGUAACUAUUUUUUUCCCUCGCCUUGAGUUGGGAGUGGGCACAGAAUCAAUCACAUUUUUUAAAGUUAAGUCUCUGCCUCAGGUUUGUAUGGCAUUAAUCAAGGAUGUUCCUAUGCUUUUCUGUUAAAGAUCAUGGCCAUGUGUGGUCAUAAGUGGGAGGCUACACAGGUAACCUGCUGAGGGUAUUUGGGAAGACAGCUAACAGCUAGAAGAAGGGUCUAGAAGAUUGCACCCCGAGUGAAAACAGGCAGGUGUUAACGCUCACAUGCAGGAUGUAGAUGUUUCAAAAUAAUAUCACAUCUCAGCACUCUUCCCCCUGCCCUUCAGUAGUCCCACACAACUUUGGAAAAUCUGAAAAGUUUACUUCUUGAUAUACAUAUAAUGGGUUCCUUGACAGCUAUUCUGCAUGAUUUCCCUUGUUAUCUGUUAACCACAGUAACUUCCUAAUAUAAUUAGCAUUAAAUCUGCUUAUAUAAAAAGCAGAUGCUUUGAAGGGAUGACCAAACGAGUUUAGAGCAGUUCUAGGUCUUUCUAACCCCCCACUCCCCACUGCCCUUGAUGGUGUAGAGAAGUUGGGACAGCCUUUAUUGAUUAAGUGUAAAGCUACCCUCUCGCAAGGGAAGACAUUUGCCACGAGUGUGGUAGCAUGGCUUCAUUUCUGUGUCCUCGUCUGAUACAGCCUGAAUCUUUUAUGUCCUUGCACUUUGAUAUGAGGGAACACCUGUUGUGUAGUCGUCCGUCCCCCCCCCCCAUAUCUGGUACCAGACAGCAGUAGCACUACCUUCUAAGCUUGGUUUCCUGUUUCCAACAUUGCUCUGCUUAGACAAAGGUUGCAAAAGUUUAAGGAAAUUGGUGAAGAUCAAGGACCUGAUUAGCAUUCUGUCUUUGUGCUUGGAGUUAAUGUGAGCUUAGUACCUGGCCACUCUUAUAAGCCUCAGGCUGCAGGCAAGAUGACAGCCCUUUACAGAGAGAGUUGAAAGAGUUAGGAUAAGGGGCACCUUUCUCUUCUCCCUUUUCAUAAAUGUUUGUAAUGUUUCAAAAACUCUGCUUAGGCAGAAAACUGAAAUGAUAAAAGACUGUGUAUACCAAGGGAAGUGAGACACCUCUUUUGAAGGGGGUGGAUGCCUGUGUCCAGCCACACAACAGCAUGCUCUGUUAAUAAGGGGCUAGUUAAGGUUUUUAUGCUGGAGGACAACAACUGGAGGUCCCAGGGUGGGUUAAAUGCCCCCAUGAGUAUAGUGGGAUAUUGCCUGCACUGCAGGUUGCAAAUCAGAAACAAAAGAUGAGCAUGGAGGGUGUCAAAAUCAACACCUGAAGCAACAGAGUUUGGAACUGCUUUUUUACUGAGGUUGUUGACCCGUGCCUGGCAUCUGAGACUGCAGGUGCGGUUCAUAUACGGAAUGUUUUUCCAUGCGCAGAAAGGGGAAACCCUGCAAUUGAUCACUAGCUUGUCCAGGAGACAGACUCUGGCCUGUAUCAUUCUCCCUGAUAUGGAGGCCGUUCUUGUAUAGAGGAGCAUUCUGAUGUGAGCUGCCACCUGCAGUCUCAAGUGGUACUCUGUAAGAACUAGGUCAGGUGGUGAGUUAUUGACAUUUUGGACUUCCAAAUCCUCAUUUUAUUCUGAGUGAAACUGUUCUGAGUGAAAUCAGCUGCUAACAAGAUCUGUAGGUAAUAUUUGAAAAAAUACUGAACCUGCUUCCUUUUUUUUGCUGAAAUCAAAUUUCUGCUAAAAAGUAUAUACCCAGCUUGUUCUCCAUGCUUCAUUUCUUUCCUGGACCAGCUAUUAAUUUUCCCUGAGAAUGGAGAAUUCCCAUGGAAUGGAGAAUUCCAUGUUUUGGAUUCUGUAGCAGAAAAAUGGAAACUGGUGAGAUCAUGUCAUUGGGCAGAACUUCUUUACACUCCCAAAUCCUGAAAUUUGUUUAACUGCAGGCUGUUUGUGUAAAAAAACCUGUCGCAGAAAUGCUUGCUGUGACAUUCUCAUUUGGCUUACUACAAACCAGGAUGUGUACGGUAAAGCCCCCCCCCCAAUUUUUCCUCAAGCAUCUGGUUCCAAUUUUGCAGCCAAGUUCUUGGUAAUAUGGGCAUGAGGCUUUGUCCUGGAGAAACUUCAGAAGUCAUGAAAUGGUCCUUCUGAAUUGUUACACAGCAGGUGUUUGUCCAGAAGACUUUCCUUAACCACAAUGACAGGAUUUGAUCUAAAAGCACACGAGAAGAAGUAGAAAACAAAGCCUAUGAAUGGGGCCAGGAGGGAAGUUUUAUUGGUGCCAAACACACUGCCGUGCCUUGUACAGGAACUGCUUUGGGGAUUUAAAAAAACGCUUGUUAGUGUAAGAACAAAGGAAUGGGAAGUGGGUGAGUUCAGAAGACGGGUGCAAUGUAAAACUGACAAAGAAAUCUUAGCCCCCUGACGAAAGCACCUGUUCCUAAUUUUGAAUGGCUGGUUGAGAAGAGAAGCUACAGAAAGGGUUCCCCUUCUUCGUUUUGGGUUAGAGAAUGACUCGAGCCAUCUGUGUGAAGAGAUCUGCGUUUGCCCCUUUGGCGUUUUGUUUUUGGUUGAAAACAAAUUCCAGAAGCAACAUGAAGGUUUAACUAGGUUUCAUUUUAAAUCUUGAUUCAUCAUUGGUUCUGUUGGAUAGUCGCUCUAGGAUGUGUUAUGAGACUUAGAAACUGUGCUUCAGCAUUUAGAGAACUCAUUUGAUAAGUUGAAUGUCACAAGAAAAUGGUGGGGUAAUAAAAGGAGUGUCUGAAUUAAUUUCAAUCUGAUGCAAUUAGUUUUAUUUUAAGAGGCAAGUUUUAAAUAGCAACAGAUGUCUCCAUUUUUGGUUCAAAAGGCUAUUGACUACAGUUCUCAUCACUUUUGAAAGGGAAGUUGCUGAAAUGAUCAGUUUUGUUCUCCCUUUUCCCCACUCCCACCUCAAAAUCAUUGCUUUAAGAAUCUCCCAGGGUAUAUUUGUAAAGUGAUUUGAUAGUCUGUCACAGAAUUAGAAACUUGCAGAGAGCACACAAGCAUUUUUCAUCGGUUGCGAGUCUUCCUCAGUUAACUGUGCUUGUGGUUUUUCCUAAAAGCCACGGUGCUAACUCAUUGGCUGGUGAAAUAAUCAUGGAUGAUUGAAAAUCUGACCCGACUCCAGAUUUGCUCUGCUGUGGGAGCAGGUUGGCUAGAUCGGUAUGGGACUCUUCCCUGCAGGUUUCGCCCCUGCUUUCCAUCUAGCUAGUAUUGCGUAGUGCCUUGUGAAAUUUCUAGCUCUGGAGAAGCCAACCACCCUGCUCUUGAGGGGGAUGGAAGGACUAGGCCCGUUGAACUGCUUUCAAAAUGGAUCCACUGGCCUUGUCCUGGAACGCUACAAAACAUGAUCACACUGCCACUUUUACAGAUUCCCCCCUGCCCCACCUUCUUCCUUGGGAGGGGAUUAAAUUUAAACCAGAGGAGAAAGGAGAAUGCAUGUGCUAUGUUGGGUUACUGACCCUUGAGGCAAAGAAGAAAUGAGUGGGCCAGAAUCUGUGGCUGCCACAGCUGCACGUCAUUGGCUGGUGGGGGGCUUCCAGCACUGCAACACUAAAACAUAGAUUAGUUGUAUCAGAUAAGGUGGGGUGGGGAAAAGGGUGGUUGUUUUGGGUGGCAGACGAUGCACUUUGUGUCAUGUGCACUUUUGGUCUUGGUAAAAAGGGUCUUGAGACAGCCAGUACGUGGCCUAAGAACUGUUCAGGAUUCAACCACCGAACAGAAUAAAAACUCAGGUGUUUCUGUAACACGUGGAUGAGGUACCCAAGAAUAAUGUUCAAUACUUAAAAAGAUUUUUUUUCUAAAAUGUUUUGUGGUGGGGGAGGGGGACUUACGGUGGGUCUUUCUUUUGUACAGUUUUUUAAGAAACAUUUUUCUUUGAAGAGCAGUGGUUCUGAGUUCAGUGGAGGUGUUGCUCCUUUUUCCCCACUUUUCUAUAUCAAGUCUGCUUGCAGUGUUUUUUUUUAACUAUGAAGACCCUCCGCCGUUCCUUCAGUCUGUGUGGCUGCAUUUCCACAUUUCAAGUUUGUAAAAGGUGCUACUGUAAACAUUUCAGAAGUCUAUCACAUGUGGAACAGAAAGAUACGUGCUGUUUAGGUAGAGCGUUUAAGGUCUGUAUGCCAAUGGUAAACCAGGAUUUGUGGCAUGUGCAAAUGACAUCUAAUUUGUGUGUGUGUUUAUGAUUGGGGGGAAAUUUGGCAGAUCCAGACUUUCAAUAUUAUUUUAAGAGGAAUGAGUUGCAUGGUAUGGGAAUCUUUGGUUCAAAAAUAAGUUCUCAAGCAUUUAAUUUAGGUGGGAAACGCUCAGUAGACUGAACCACAGAUCGGGAAUGUCUUUCCAGAUCUCCAGUUGCCUCUUCUUUGUUGGGAGGGGGGUGUAAAGGGGAACCUUUUUGAGAGAAACUGUAAGGGCCUGCCGGGUAUCCACCAAUUGCAUGAAUUUGAGUUUUUUCUGGAGUGACAAGGCAUGGAGACAGAUCUCCCACCUGCAGAUGUUAAUUAGUUGUCUGUCUCAGGGAAGUGUCAACUUUCAACCUGUAUGAGCAACAUCAUGACAGUGCAUUUUACUGGGUAGGAUAUUUUGUCACAUCUCAAAUGCUGGCACUUGUGCAGGUAAUAUUUGGGGUUGGUUUGAGUGCCGAUUGAGAUGACUAGAAAGUGAAGCCAUUUAUGCUAUGAAAGUAGUUCUGGGAUGUGUAUGUGUUUUGUAUUUGCUAAAGAUGCAGCUUUGUUUCUGUUAAUUGAUGAGCCACAAUACUGUCAAGAAUUCUGCUUCAUCCUUACUGUUUUUGUUCUGA